CCUCUAUCGCAUCUUCUAUUUUGGCACCACCCGCGUUAGGUUCCUUGUUAGGUGUCGAAGUAGAUAUUUCUCUUUCUUUUUUGUUUCGAGCCAUUGUGAAGGGCGAUUGCGAACCGUAGUUGUGGUAGGUGAGGUCCUCGUAUGAAGCGGGAUCUCAACUUGGGUCUCGUAACUUUUUUUUCUUCUUCACCCAACAUCUUGGCGUGACCAACCCUAAUCCUCAGCCUGGGGACACAUUAUGGUAUGAUAGAUGACUAAGCGGGCUCUUGGGGAUAGGUGAUUUUCGAGUGGGAAGGGGGACAAAAAUGCCCUUUAGAGUAAGCGAUUUUCCAAAAUAACGUAGUCGUUGGUCUACAAGUACCGUAGCUAGCGUCAUCGACUACCGGUAGUCUGUAAAGCCCACCUUAGGCCUCGAAACCACACUUGCACGAUAUCCUAAUCCAACCUCAACUCACCCCAUACCACUAUCCAUUAAAACACCCUUCAAGAACUCCAAUAUGUCGAACAAGAAUCUUAAGGACCAGCGCCGCGCCGACCUGAUCAUUCCAUACGUCGCCCCGACAGCCAAAGCCAACGAGUCCGAUAUUGCCGCCACCAUGACAAGCACACUUCCCAUGGCAGCCAUGUUCACCCGUAACAAGGUUGUCGGAUGGACUGCCAUGAUCUUCGCGAUACAAGCCUGGCUCAGCGAGACACCUGCCCAGCUUGCGGGCGGUAAACAACCAGGGUACUUUGGAGUGGGAAUGAGUCUUAUGGCACUCGGAUUUGCGUACCUCCCACUCUUCAUUCCAAGCAUGGGUACCGGACCUUUAGGAAUGGGCAGCACAACGGCCCCGGCUGAGGCCACACCUGCGUGAGAGUGCGCACUCAAUCACACUACACUUGAAAUGUUGUCACAGCGAGAUUUUUAAAGAUUCAAAGCACAUGUAAUAAUAUUAUCAUAAAACUAUAAAAACCAAUAA